AUGAUGUCAGGAACUGUAUCAUCCUGGAUCUUAAGCUCAGCAAGAAACAGCAUUGUUUUACAAGGAAAAGGACGUUUGUACUCCAUCUGUAUCCCAAAUAGAAACAAGAUAAAAUGGAAGCUUGUUUUCUCCAAAACACGUCUCUACCCUGCUGGGAGCUGCAGCUUAGACAAUACUUUCUCCUUAAAAAAAGCAUUCCGACACACUUCCACCGAAGAAGAACAUUUCUCUUUCCAGUUGUCGCCAUCACAAAUCAACGAUAUACUCAGAGCAGGUGAAUUAUCCCAUAAAGUACUGGAUUUGAAUGGUAAAAAUGCAAAUUCCGUGUUGAGGUUUGAAAGUAACCAGUUGGCAUCCAACACGCCUAUUGAAGACCGCAGAAGUGCAGCCACUUGCUUGCAGACCAAAGGGAUGAUGUUUGGAGUCUUCGAUGGUCAUGCGGGUUCCGCGUGUGCUCAGGCGGUAAGCGAGAGGCUACUUCAUUAUAUAGCGGUGUCUCUCAUGUCUCGGCAAACCCUGGAAGAGAUCGAGCUUGCUGUGGAGUGCAUGAAACCAGUUCUGCCUAUUCUGCAGUGGCACAAGCAUCCAAACGAUGUAGAGUAUCGAGAAAUAACUUCACAAUAUUUUGAAAGCCUCCGGGUUUACUGGCAACAUUUGCUGGACCUAGACACGGAGCCAGGAUUUAGUUUAGAAGAAGCCAUGAUAUGUGCAUUCCAAAGGUUAGACUCGGACAUAUCACUGGAAGUUCAGGCUCCCCAGGAAAAUGAAUCGAUGAGAAAUAUUGCCCUUCAAGUAGCUUUUUCUGGUGCAACAGCCUGCGUAGCUCACGUUGAUGGUGUUCACUUACAUGUCGCAAAUACUGGUGAUUGCAGAGCAAUUUUAGGGGUUUGUGAAGAAGACGGAACGUGGUCUACUCUCCCUCUAACCCGAGACCACAACGCCUUCGAUGAAUUUGAAAUUAGAAGACUGAAGAGAGAACAUCCUAGAUCUGAGGAGAAAACCUUAUUUGUGAAUGACAGAUUACUGGGGAUUCUCAUGCCCUCCAGAGCUUUUGGAGAUGUGCAAUUAAAAUGGAGUAAAGAAUUGCAACACAGCAUUCUCGAGAAUAGCUGUGAUCUUGAGGCUUUAAAUAUUUAUCAGUAUGUUCCUCCAAACUACCAUACACCCCCUUAUUUAACUGCGGAGCCUGAAGUCACAUACCACAAAUUAAGAAGCAAGGAUAAGUUUCUAGUUAUUGCUUCGGAUGGACUGUGGGAGAUGCUAAGCAAUGAGAAGGUUGUAAAACUUGUUGCUGGACAGCUUACAGAGCAUCAUAUGCAGAAACCACAACUGGCUUUUGAGAAACCAGUUAAUUUGGGUUAUAUGCACAGCUUGUUACUUCAGAGGAAAAACAGGGGCAUUGCCUCACUUGACCAGAACAUAGCUACUCAUUUAAUAAGGCAUGCAAUUGGAAGUAAUGAGUAUGGGGAGGUGGACCAAGAGAAACUUGCUGCCAUGCUGACACUGCCUGAAGACCUUGCGAGAAUGUACAGAGAUGAUAUCACAGUUACUGUGGUGUAUUUUAAUUCAGAAACAAUUGAAAAUUACUACAGAAACAAGGAAUAGAGACUUGCACUGCUGCUGUUCUAUACCACUAGCCAACUUUGAUACAGAAAGCAUUACUGUUUUUCUCUGAUAGUCGAGCUCUUACCAGUGUUAUGGUCUGGAAGUUCCUAAAUCUUUUUGUUACUU